CCAUUUACUUCAGCUCAAUUUUAUAGUAUGGAGUAACAAUACAUUUCUUUUAAUCGCAACACUGAAGCUUUUGGAACAUUUGUAUACUUUGGCUCAUCCAGAUUUCUGAACACCAUGGGGAAAACUAGCUACCAGGAGGAAGGACCAGAAAUGACCAAUGGCUGCGGGAAGAAGCAAGAUCUUACUAAACUGUUGAAUGCCAAAUCUUCAAAGAAACGCUUUGCUAGUGCAUUCGACUUCAUGGAGAAGAAUGCGAAGGAUCUGGGUCAAGAGCAGGUGUUUUACGCCGUAGAUUUCGCUGACGUUCUUUGGAAGGUGCAGCAAUGGAAGGAGCGUCUGCCAAAUGUUCACAUUUACUAUGCUGUGAAAGUAAAUUCAGAUCCCCUCCUUUUGAAGCUCUUUACUCGCCUUGGCUUAUCUUUCGACUGUGCUAGUGAAGGAGAAAUUCGCAUGGUUUUAGAAGCUGGAUGCUCCCCUCAGAACAUCGUGUUUGCUCACACCAUAAAGACACAUAAAGCACUCAAAUACGCCGCUAGCGUAGGAGUCGAUCUUCUGACGUUUGACAACAAAGAAGAAUUACACAAAAUUUUCAAAUUCCAUCCGAACGCAAGGUUGUUGCUGCGUCUGAGACCGAAAAACGUGCACUGCAUGUGGGAUUUGAGCGACAAAUUUGGAUCCGACAUUUCGGACGUCAAAGACUUGCUGAAGACGGCCAGGGAUCUUGGGCUCAACAUCGUUGGAGUGAGUUUCCAUGUGGGAGCCCUGUGCACAGAUCCAGACUCUUUUGUGUCUACGAUUCGAGACUGCCGGACAGUGUUCGAUAUUGCAGAAGAAUUUGGGUUUCGGUUCGAAAUCCUGGACUUGGGAGGAGGAUUCUUCGGAUCAAAGGGAACAGAGGAAUCGUUCCGAUGUCUAAGUGAAGCCAUCAGAGGGGCCUUGCGCAAAUAUUUCCCAGACCCCUCGGUACAGUUGAUAGCUGAGCCCGGGUGCUACUUGGUAGCGUCAGCCUUUACUCUGGUCACCACAAUCUUUGGGAAGAGACAUACUUUGAAAUCAGGUGGUGACGAAGACCUUAUUGAAGUGGAUUACUACAUCAAUGAAAGCAUUUACGGAUCCUUUUUUAGGGGCAUACAGACCUAUGAUGUCCAUCCGAAACCUCUGCUGGAAGCAUCGGUGCAGCUAGAACGACCCAUUUACAGAAGCCGAGUGUUUGGACAAACUUGUUGCUCUGAAGACGUAUUACGGGAAGGAUUGAGUCUCCCUGAAUUAGAAAUCGGCGAGUGCUUGGUAUGGGAAAAUGCUGGGGCUUAUAGCAGGGCCGUUUGCAGCGAGUUUUGCGGAGUGCCUUUGCCGGUCAACAAAUACUUUUUCGGAAUCAAACACCCAGAGUUGGACACAAGUUGGAUAUCAAAUCCUGAAGAAAUAGCAAAUGUCCUGAAAGAUUCAUUUGUUACUGAAAAUGAAAACUCCUGAAAACUUCAUAGUGAUGUUCACCUACAGACAGAAAUUCAACCUAUUCCCUAAAACUGAACAAAUUAUGAAAUAUUUUAUACUACAGUAAUGAAAUGAAACAAAAUUGCUUGUACAAUAUUGCUGAAUUUCAAAUUGCAUUACAUAUGAUGCCGUACUAUAUCAUAUCUUAUGUAAGACACUGAUGGCUAUGUUGAAAUUAAAAUGAGCAUUUUCAAAUAUCAUUUUCAGACAUCUUGUAAAAUAAAUGAGUAGCAAGUUCUUUGUUACAAAUUUUGAACUCUUCUUCUGUUG